AUGGUAUUAACAAGCAGGACGGCAUCAAGUUCUUGGAGGGGUAUCUGCAAUAAAUCAGUGUUGGACCAGAUCGUGAUCUCCAUGACGAUGAAGUACAAGCUAAAGCACAAGCUUCGGAAGCUAGUAGAUGGACUCGUGAUCCGCGUCAAAGGCGAUCAAAAGGAAGCUGCGACUACUCGUGCUGUGAACGGUGACCGCGACGCUGCUGUCGAAGCAACGAAUGUCAAGGAAGCCGGUCAGGAGAUCAUUCUUCAUGAUCUUCAGUACGUACUCGGACGACAGCCUUCAAUCAACAUUGCCACAAAGUAG